AAGAAAAAUGGGUUCCUUAAAAGCUGACUGUUUUAAUCAAGGAUUAAAACGUAUACCUGAAGAUCUGAUCAAAGAAAUUGAGGUUUUGGAUGCACGGCAUAAUACGAUACCGCAAUUAGUAAACGAUUCAAUAAAGUGGUACCCCUUUUUGAAAGAAAUUUACCUUCAAACUACUGGCUUGCUAAUGAUAGAUCAUACAACAUUUUCUUCCUCAACACAAUUAGAAAUUUUAGAUUUAUCCAACAAUCUUAUCAGGGACUUACCACAGAACAUUUUUUAUCUCCCUAAAUUACGGAAACUAUAUUUGGAUCAUAACGAAAUAAUAGACAGCACUUUUAAAUCCACUAAUGUAACGUCUCCACUGGAACAUUUGGACUUGAGCAUGAAUAAAUUGAAAAGGAUGCCCCCAUUGCGAUCCCCAUUUGAAGUCGUUCUCUUAAAUUUGACUGGAAAUCCAAUUAAAAAAAUAGAAAUCGAAGAUCUGGCAUCAAUGUGUUCUCUCAAAGAGCUCAUUGUGGACAAAAAUGUUUUUGAUGAUCAAGGGUGCGGUUGCCUCAUAAUCGACAAACUGCUCUACAACUGGAAUAUCAAAGUAACUGUGACUACUCCACUGAAUUGUCAAGGCCAGAAUGGAUGUAAAAACGUUGAUAUGUUAUUUAACCACACGCUCUUCAUGCGAGAAAAAUGCAUGACAAAACUGCAAGGCCGAAAAGAAAAUCGGCACAAGAAAGCCGAAAUGGUUUAUUGGAGUCUUGCCGCUGUGCUUGCAGUUCUGAUUUUAUGCAUCGUUCUGUAUUGCUGGUACAGGCAAAGAAGAAGUGGAACGUACAAAAAUAAGGAAGUUAUGUUAACAACAGGUUGUGUGGAAGAAUUUCCAGAAGU